GAUUUAUUGAGACAGAAAUGGGAGCUAGAAAAAAUAGAAGAUCAACAGUGCAAGAGGGAGGAAGAGAGAAAAAAACAAGAUUUAGGGUAGAACGCUCUUUUACUCAAGAAAAUCGGAUAAAGUAUAAAAAUAUAAUUAUUUUUACAAUAUGCACAAGAAGGAAGAAAAAUAUUCAAUGAAGCGGAAAGUGAACUGUAAAUACUUUUAAGGAUCCUGUCAGAAUAUAUGAAAUUGAAAGGAAAUAGUAAAAUUUGAGUUUUCACAUUUUUUUUAAUAUUUUAAAAUAGCAAUUGUGACCGAUGUUUCAAGGUAGUUUUUUUAUUCCCUAUCAUAUUAAUUUUUUUUCCUGACACUUCAACUUUAUUAAUUCAAAACAUGUUUGAUGCUUUUAAUUGAAUCUAUGUUUUUCUUUUACUUGUAUCGUGUUUGUGACAGAUGUGCUUUACUGAGAAAACACAAGGCUCAGAUGAUGCACAAGUAUAAAGUCAUCCAAGAAGAAUUGGUAUACAAGUUUUUAAAUUAUUUUUCAUGUUACUGUUGAAACUACAUUUUUAUAUAGAUUUAAAACAAAAAUCAAAUAUAAUCACAGUUACUUAUGUAGUCUACACUGAAAAGGCAAAUCAAAAAAGCUUAACAGCCUCAAAUACUCAAAACUAUAUUUUCAUAUAUCUCGUAAGUACAUUAUAAAAUGCAGUGUUAGUUAAAAUAGAAAUGGGCAGGUACAGAACAGUGCAAUGUAAUAUUUUUCUGGAACAAGACAAAAAAUUGUUGCAGUCUCUGAUAGAAAAAGAAAACGAGCAGAUUUCUAUGCAGUUGGCAAGAAGAGAAAAGGCCAAGGCUGAUGCACAUUGGAUGAAGCUAAUCAGCAGAAAAUAAUUUUCUUAUCAUAAUUUCAACUCUCCAUUGUUCAAGCUGAUUUAUACUUUUUUUGUGCUGUAAACUGCAAAGAACGGAGAUGGCCAUCAACAGUUUAGCUAUGAAGCCUAGAAAAAAAAGAAUGUCAUAUUUAUUUUAGAAACUGUUAACCCCUGAUAAAUCCAUUAUUUAAACAGCAUCAUAGUUAACAAAUUUGUACACAUUUUAAAUAAUUUGUCUUUGUGAGACAAGAGUGUUAAUUUUUAACUGUAGGCAAAAAAAUGAAAAAUUACUAUAUUACACAUUUUAAAUUUUUCCAAAAAUAUUCAAGCAGAAAAGAAAAACUCAAAAAUAUAAAAAAAUAAAAUACUUGUAUCUAUAAACUCUUUUUUCAGGUCAUAAUCAACUGCGUUUAGAGGAAGCACGAGAGGCUGAGUUGGACAUGUUAUAUCAGUAAGUUUUGUUAUUUUUUGGGUUUAAAUAAAAAAAAAGGAAUGAAUUUUUUUUUUUACCUGGCUGUUUUUUUUUUUUUUUUUUUUAAAUUAAAUUUAAAAAAAAACAAAAAUAUAAUAAAAUUUUCAUUCAAUUUUUUAACUUUAACGUAAGAUGUUCAAUUUAAAAUUUAAGUUCAUUUUUACCAGCAGUCUAACACAAAACCGUAAGAGAUUUUAAGCUUAUACUUUUAAACAAAAAAAAAAAAAAAAAAAAAAAAAAUAAAAAAAAAAAAACAAAAAUUUUUUUUAUUUUUUUGGUUUAAAAAAAAAAAAAGGAAUGAAUUUUUUUUUUUACCUGGCUGUUUUUUUUUUUGUUUUUUUUAAAUUAAAUUUAAAAAAAAACAACAAUAUAAUAACAUUUUCAUUCAGUUCUUUAACUUUAACGUAAGAUGUUCAAUUUAAAAUUUAAGUUCAUUUUUACCAGCAGUCUAACACAAAACCGUGAGAGAUUUUAAGCUUAUACUUUUAAACAAAAUUAUUCUCAUUCUAGAGAUGAAGCAGCUCGUAUGUGGCAGAAGAGAGCAGCACAGUGGGAAAGAGAGCGACAGGCUCAUCAAAAGUUAAUGGCAGAGGUACACCAAUAUUUAAUGUUAAAUAACAGUGGGAAGUAUGUUGUCAGUUUGUUUCAAUAACUAACUUUAUCUUUUGCAGGGGGUUUAUUUAAAUUGAAGUGGCUAUAGGUACCCGAGUACCCAUCAUCGCCAAUGACUAUUCGCUACCCGAAAGUCUUAGUAAUCGAAAAAAAACAUGAUCCGAACGAGAGGCUUAAUAAUCGACAAGUUUGCCGCGCUUUCUUUUAUAAAAAUGGAGGUUGGCAGCAAUUUUGACACCUAUGCGUCUUUUUAAGACGAAUUGAAUUAUUUUUGUAAAGAACACAAUGUGUGUUUCACUAAAAGAUCGUCAGAGAAGAUGAAAGAUCCCAAUUUGGAACACCUUAAAUAUGAAUAUAUAAUUCACUGUUGCAAACAAGGCGUUAAACGCAAGUCAAAGUCUUCAACGACAACAGGCCAAAGAAAAUCACAAGCGUAAGUAAUAAAGUAAUAAUAAUAGGUUAACUUUAAAUUUAGUUGUUCUUGUCAUGUAAUAAUUAUUUCUCCAAGCCAAUGAUUAUUACCACGGUAAAUGGAGAGGACGAAUGCCACUAUUUUAUCGAUGGCCGCGACUAAUGUAUCCCUAAAUCGAUCACUAUGCUAUGCCGAUGCCUAUGCCUAACCUGAACCCUUAAUCGACCUCUCAACCUAACCUGAACCCUAAUUCACUGCAACUAUAAUAAAGAAGCAAAUGACGCCGUGGCAUUCGUUAAAUACAUUAGCCCUUACCACUUUUUGCAAUUCGUUGAGAAUUUUUAUAUUUUUCAGUUCUUUCAAAUUGGGAUGCCAGACAAAGAUAAAGCUUGUUGCCAAAAGAAAUCCAUCUCGGCUAGAAAUUACCAAAUCAAUGCAUGAACAUACUGGCCAUGAAGUAUCAAAAGAAGUAAGUGCAUGUGCUGCGAAAAAUAUUUACAUAAUAAUAAUAAUAAAUAGCUUAUUCUUGUGGCAGGUUGUUGUCACCUACAGGUACUCUAGUCUCUAGUACUAUAGAGGUUAGAUGGAUGCAUUUUAAAAGAAUGUUUUGUACCAUGCAUUAACCCAUUCAAUCUAGGGCGCUCAGAAAUUUUAUCACUGAAAACUUUUGGUUAAGGUUAGGGUUACCACCCUUACCAUAGAAAGGUUUUGAAAAAAAUUAAGACAAAUCUAUUUAACAGUAUAAUUAAAUUUAAUAAAUUCUAAAUAGUCCAAACAAAGUUUUAUAUCUUAAUUUUGAUUAUUGUGACAUAUAAUAAACAAAACAUUUAUCCCCAAGGUGAAGGUUAGUUAUUUUUAUGUACACAGCGGUGAGCCUAGCCCUAGGCUGGGGUACCGCACUAUAUAAGACCAAUGUUCCCUCUAAGGUUUGUUGUUUUGUGUGCAAAAUCAUACAGUUAUGUGCAAAGUUUUACAGCAUCAAUUUUUUUGUGUGCAAAAUUUUACAGUCCAGAAACACAAACACACACUUAGAAUGAAAUUUGCUGUGCGGAUACUCAAAACUGCUGCGCAGCGCCUGUGAGAUGGCUGCGCGGCAGCUCAGCUUAAAGGGAACCUUUUAUAAGACCACUAAUAAUAAUAAUGUUUGCAGAGCAUAUUUUUUUACAUAAUACUUAUUAUUGCAAAGUAACCUUUGUGUAUUUUUUUUCCAGAUGUGCCGCUUGUAUCCGGAAAACCGCAAGGUGGAACUAAAUGCGGCAACGCUUCUGUUGAUGUCCUGCACCACGAUUCAGGCAUCUGAGGCCCGGCAAGUGCUUGAACAACAGCAUGAUGUGGAUUUGCUUCCCAGGGACAUUUACAAUAUUAAGUCAAGAAUAAAUAAAUCAUCUUCUGAUGCAACUGAAACUCAAUCUAUACUUCAUUCUAUAUCACAAGCUGGUGGAAGUGUGUCCUAUGGACUAACAGAAAGUGGGGAAUUUAAGUAUUUAUCAUACAUGACUGAUGAUAUGAUUAGAAUUAUUGCCCAAUAUCCAGAGGUUUUAUUAAUGGAUUUCACAUAUAAAACCAAUAAAUAUUUAUAUCCACUUUUGACUGUAAUGGUUAUUGAUGGAGAGGGCAGGGGCAUUCCUGUUCUUCAUGGUUUUGUAAAAAAUGAAGAUAAGGAAUCUAUUUCUCUUUGUUUGCAGCUUCUUCUGAAGAAUUCUGAUGCCAGUCUUUUCAAGUGCUUUGUGGUUGACAAAGACAUGGCUGAAAUCUCUGCUAUAAAUGAUCUGUUUCCAAAUGUACCUGUUAAUCUAUGUCAUUUUCACAUUAACCAGGCUGUGCACAGGUUUCUUUCGAAACAUGUAGGUCCUGAGCAUGUUCAGCCAAUUCUUGAAGGAUUUAUGUCUCAAGUUUAUACCGAGUCAUGCGAUGAAUUUUUAAAGUUGAUGCAAGACAUGAAAGAUACUCUUCCUGAUGUAGCUUUGGAGUAUUUUGAGUCAAACUGGUGGAGUAAGGCCCAUUUAUGGGCAGCAUCAUCCAAUGCUGAUGUUUUAAGACUCCAUGCGACAACAACAAAUCACUUGGAGUCUUAUCAUGCCAAAAUAAAAAAGAGUUUGACUCAUUAUCUUUCUUUUUCAUCAGCUCUUCGUAACCUUAUGUCUUUUGACAACUGCAAAAUUACAGUAUGUGAUCGUUUAAGAUUGCUUGCUGCAAACACAGCUCAGUAUACGUCAUCUGAUAAUGAUGAAAGUGUAAAUAAGAUUGAAAGUGUUGCUACUUCCUUUGCUGCUGCUCUAUUGCUCAAUCAGCUCAAAUUGUCACGAUCUGUUCCGUACUCUGUUGUCCCUGGAGAGGCAGAACUUUUUUCAGUAGCUUAUAAGGAACGUAUUUUUAGCUCAACAUCAGUUCAAUGUAAUUGUUCAUUUGCUAAAAAGAUGGCAUUACCUUGCAGACAUAUUUUUUCAGUUCGAAGACAUUUACAGCUUCCAGAAUUUUGUUCAGAGUUAAUUCCAUGCCGUUUUAGCAAACAUAGUGUUCCUAGAGUGGUUGCUUCUACUUCUAGUGGUUCAGUAACUUCUCAAAUUGUAUCUACUAGAAACAAUAAUUUUAAGACUCAAGAGGGUCGGUUUAAUCAUGCUAAAAGAAUUUGUAUGGGCUUGGCAAAUUUUUUGGCGAUGCAAGGAGAACAAGAUUUUGUAGAGAAAAUAUCCUUUCUUGAAACUACUAUAAGUCUCUGGAAAAGUCCUGAAAAUUUAGAUGAAAAUGAAUCGGGGUCACAACUUGAUGAAGGUGAACCACAAACAAGUUUCAUUCAAAGUCAACUAAUUGAUUUUGUUGAUAUAAAUGACAUUCAUUUUUCCCACGAGGAAACAGUUGCUGCAAAUAAUUUCGAAAAAAUUGAAACUGAAAAUAGUAUUAAUUCCUUUGGAAAGGUUAACUUUGACAGAGUGCGACCAAAGGGGCGACCGAAGGUAAAGCAAAAUUUUACCCUGAAAAGAAAAAGAUAGCUGCCCCAACAAUUUUCAACUACUUGUAUAAAAUAAAGAUGUGAAUGUUUGUAAAUAAAUGGCUGUCGCUAUUCAAACCCGGGUCCAAUAGACCAAUGCUAUUCGGAUGUCAUUUGUGGUAAUUUAUUUUAGUUAAUGUUCCUUUAGUUAAACUGAAGAAUUAAGUUUACAAACAUAUAGUCCAUUCAAUUAUCUUUCAUUUGAUACCAAAUUUUGUCUUACAACCUAACAAUAAUUUUUUGGGAUGUGUUCAUGAUGUAUGCAUCAAUGUUGUUUCUGUGUCUUUUUCAGCUUUUAUAUACUAUAGCAUUUUCAUUAUAUUUUUUUCUGACAUCAAUUGAUGAAUCAGGAGGAAUAGUUUUGGAACUACAUAAUUGAAACUUUGCAUGCUUAUUUAAAUUGAGAUUCUUUACUUUAUGAUGGAUUGUUUUUAAACAAAUGUCUCAUAGGAAAAGUUUUCAGAGAAUGUUUGUAUUUAUGUAUUUUAUUUAUUAGGUUCGUGUGUUAAUUUUUUUUUCUAUCUUUUCUGUCUUAGUUUUCUAAUUGUUUUUUAAAUCAUGAAGGAUAUAUGUACAUGGUGUAUGCAUCCUAUAUCGUUCAUGCAGCCUCUAAUUUAAAAAAACACAAUUUUAUUUUAUUUAUUUUUUUCUUUUUCUCAAUUUUUCACUUUCCGGAUUUUUAAGGAACGCCAAAUGAAUCAGGAGAAAAAGUAUUCUAGCUACAGCCUUCAAACAUUGCAUGCUUCUUUUCAUUGAUAUUCUUUAUGAAAUUCAAUAGGUUUUUUUUUAUAUAUAUAUAUAUCCAACUAGAAAGUUUUAUAACAUUUUUACAUUUGCUACCCCUGAAGAGUUCUCAAAUAUUUAUGUGACCCCCACAUACAUGCCAUUUGUAACAAUUCCAAUAACUGCUGUGUAAUAAUCUUCUUUAAACUUUUUGUCAAUGUUAUUCUUAAUAUGUAUGCCAAGUUUCAUUUACAAUACAGUACAAUAAUUUACAAUACAAUGCAAUACAAAUUUGUUUUUAAUCAUUUUGCGUAAAGUCAAAAUUGGUAUUAAAUGUUUAAUUUUUUGCAAUAAAAGUCACAACAAUUUUUUUUUAAAUUUAGUGGAUUUUUGUCUUUCUGUUUGUGUAUGGUUUGUAUGUACUGUAUUUUUUUCAAUGGCUCUAUUUAUUUAGGUUAUCAGUAUUUUAUUUUCAAUGUGGCAUGACUUAGUUGCCUUGAAACCAAACUCCCUUCACAGAUCACAUAUAUUUGCUCCCACUCAAUCAUUACGUCUGUACUUAAAUGAAGAAAUGAUACCGUACAAACAAUAGUUAACUGUACGGGUACCAACAAGGAAGGUGAGAAAGUAAAAGGAGACAAAUGGCAAAGGAAUGAUGUGACCUAAUUGAAUGAGUUUAAUGGCUGCCUACUCCAUACUGGCCCCUAAUUUAUUUUAUGGAUUACUUGAGUACACAACUCAAAUAACUAACAACCAAACAAAAAUGUUUGCAAGUCAGUUAAGGGUUUUUUUUCUAUUAAAUUAUGUACCAGUGUGUUAGACCCAGCAGACAGAUAUGGUAAAAAAAAAAAAAAAACUAGUCCUCCAAAAAUAAGUCUCUUUCUCAUACUUUAUACAAUGGCAUCCUUUAACUUUAAGAUGUUCAUUGCAACUACCUUGUGAAUUAGGUCAAGUCAAAUGAGAAAGGUUGUUGAAAGGAGAUUCAAGAUAUCAGGAAUAACAGUUAGUGUCCGCAUGUAUGACUCCCAGUGCCAAGGAAAAGGUUUAAAAUUGGUAGUUUUGUUCUGACUAAGCCAAGCUCUCUAGAGGAAUAGUUGAAAUUAAUUCAUUAUGAAUGAAAUUUUCAUUAUUUAGAAUACCUAAUUAAUUCAUAAAGUACUGUGUGAUUAAAUCUUUUAACUUAAACAAUACACAUAAAUAAUCUUAAAUAAAGGAUUUAAUUUUAAUAAUUAAAUUAAUAUUAUUACUUUUCUAAAAUUCAAAUAAAAACAAUAAAUGUAUCUAAAUCAUCUUCAUUACUCGAUUUAAAAAAAAAAAUAAUUGAUCUACGAAAAUGGCUUAAACUAAAAAAAGAAAAUAAGAAAGAAAAAAAUUACCGGUACUAAGAGAAAUUAACAAAGCAAAAAUAAAAAAAACAACUAAAAAUAAUAAAACUAUGAAUCAAUCAAAUAAACAAGGAGAAAAAACAAUUUCAAAAAAUAAUUCUCAUACUAUUAUUGUUAUCACAUUCGGCUUCGAAGCCAUUUAAUAUGUACGGAGCCACUCCGGGUGCGAAUUUUCAUUGGCGAUGAUAGGUACCCGGGUACCUAUAGAUGCAGCCUAUUUAAAUUGUGAAAAAAUUGAAUAAUUGCUGCAAUAAGAAAAUAUGGGGAAUUUUUAGGUAAACUUCUCCAUUUGAUUAUUCAUGGUGUUAGCACUUUAGCAAGUAUUCAGUUUCAGCAACUCUAUGAAACUGUUUCAAGAUGUCUGAUUAUUGUUAUACUUGUUGCCUUCAAUGGUGCAGGUCCUAGAGAGCAGACAAGAGCAGAUCGCCCUGAAGCUGGCAGAGCUCCAGCAGCAACAGGAGGAAUCCUUGCAGCGCAGGGAGGAGCCGGUCAAAGAGAUGGAGAUAGCCCAACAGAUGACCAGGAGCGAAGAAGAAGAGCAAAGUCGAAUAAACUUGCCACCAAGAGGGAACUGGAGGAACAGGUG